AUGGUCAUCUUCCAUCUUGUGCUUCUGGUGAUAUCCAACCACCUCUCGCCAUACGACGCACUUUUUUUCCACGGUGGCAUCAUUCACAUGGACCUACUGCGACAACUCUUGGCUUCCCCGACAGCAACUACCUGGGCUGUCCUCGUUUCACUGGGUGCGAACAUCGACGAGAAGGGCAUGAUGGAUCCGACGACAUUGAUAAACAGAGUGUUUCCCGAAGAGUACGAUGUUACAAUCGAGCGCACUAUAGAGACCGUUCAGCCGGCCCUUCAGGCACACCCAAUGGGCGCUGAGGUGAAGUUGCUGGGGACCUUGACAGCUCUCAUCCUCAUUAUCGCUAUUUAUUUUCUGUACCCCAAGACACCGCUCAUCAAGAGCAGCGAGAUCAUUGGCUAG